GCACGGGAAGGGGAGGCGCCUGUGACAGCAGCCCCAGCUCUUCAGCAGCUCCUAAUAACAACAUUAGAUUAGCUGCAACUUCUCCACUCUAGGUUUAUUGAUCUUUUAACGUUUUGUUUUCUCUCUCUUUUCUUUUCAGAGGAGUGCAAUCCGUCUCUUUUUUAUUGUAUUUUUAAUCCGGGGACUGUACAGAAGAGUAGGGAUAUCCGGCGCGUUUCUUGGAGGGGUGGAAAGAGAGAAUCCCUUGGCGUGCAGAUUUCAAAACAAAACAAAUCAGAAACAUUAAAGGAGAAGAGGAUUUGCAGAGGGGGUGGAGGGUGCAGGAAACGAGGGGGGGCACAUUUUUUCUCCAGUAAACAUUAGCAGAGCCCCCCUGGCUGCACCAUUCCGCUGGUCUGGGCUAUUGGGGAUUUGUUUAGUGUAGGGUGGUUGUGUGUCGUGGUGUGUCUGGGAUUUUAGGUUCUCACAACCGCGUUCACACACGCACACACUGAAACAGCGACAGCCAAAGAGAGGUUUAGCAAGAUGACUUUUUUUUUUAAAGGAGAUUAUUUUGGCUUUUUUUUUUUUUAAGCCGGGUCGGUACAAGCGAACUGAACUUGGUCAUUUCAAAUUCGAGACAUUACUGAAAAUCUUACGAGGAGGGGGAGGGAGUGGAGGUUGGGGGCGUUGUCUGUUGUUUCCGAGUUGUGCAGCCGGGUUUUGCACUAGGAGGACGCCAACAGGCUGCGGGGUGGCUUCAUUGCGCAGGCUGUAUUUACAUACACAAAUCUCUUUUGGGAAAGGGAGAAGAGAAAUUCUGGACCCUUUUCUGUCUCUGAAGGAGUUAGGGAGGGAAUUCGGUGGGGGCGAUAAUAGGAAGAAGUAGAGGGGGGUUGAGUCAAAGUCGGGGAGGACAGCUAAGGGUUGUGGAGGAGGGACAGACCUGCCUCUACAGGGGGGAGCGGUUUGUGGAGAGAAACAGCUUUUUCUGGGCUGUGGAAAAGCUGAGGUUGGAGAGUGGGGGUGGGGGGUGAGUGUGUGUGUGUAUGUAGGAGAGGGGGAGGGGAUUUGGGCAAAGGUUGUAUAGGUGAGAAGGGAAGACGGGAGGUCGCGGGCUGGGGGGCGAUGAGGGCGGUUGCUGCUGCUGCUGCUCCUGCCACUACGGUGGCGGCGGCUGCGUCUGCUGCAAGUGUAAGGAGUAGGGCUUUUCUGUGGCCGAGGCAUUGGGGCUCCCCAUUGCUAAUGCAGCCGCCGCCGCCGCCACCCUGCAGGCCGAUUUGCCACGCCGAUUCCUGGCUGCCAACCACCCCUGCCACCGCCCGGCCUAUCGUGGACAUGUCCUACGCACGCCACUUUCUGGAUUUCCAGGGCUCUUCCAUCCCCAAGUUCAUGCAGAAGCUCGUGGUGAGUCAGCUGGGCUCAAACUUCCGAGAAGCCGUUACCCUUCUUCGGGAUUCCCCGGUGCCCCUCCCAGGGGACGGAGACCUCCUCGUCAGAAACAGAUUUGUUGGCGUUAAUGCAUCUGACAUAAACUACUCAGCUGGUCGGUAUAGCACUUCAGUUAAGAUCCCAUUUGAUACAGGUUUUGAAGGUAUCGGUGAGGUAGUAGCCUUAGGCCUCACUGCUAGUGCCAAAUACACAAUUGGCCAAGCUGUGGCUUACAUGACACCUGGUUCUUUUGCUGAAUAUACAGUUGUGCCCGCCAAAAGUGCAAUUCCAGUACCCUCGGUGAAACCUGAGUACCUUACUUUGCUCAUAAGUGGCACUACCGCAUACAUCAGCCUGAAGGAGCUUGGAGAAUUGUCUGAAGGGAAGAAAGUUUUGGUAACAGCCGCAGCUGGAGGAACUGGACAGUUUGCCGUGCAGCUUGCAAAGAAGGCAAAAUGCCAUGUAAUUGGAACUUGCUCCUCUGCUGAAAAGUCUGAUUUUCUGAAGUCUCUCGGCUGUGACCUUCCCAUCAACUAUAAGACUGAGAAUGUUGGGGCUGUCCUUAAAAGGGAGUACCCAGAAGGUGUGGAUGUAGUGUAUGAAUCUGUUGGUGGAGAGAUGUUUGACUUGGCUGUAAAUGCCUUGGCUAUCAAAGGGCGCUUGAUAAUUAUUGGGUUUAUCUCUGGCUACCAAACUCCUUCUGGCCUUUCGCCCAUUAAAGCAGGGACUUUGCCAGGCAAACUGCUGAAGAGAUCUGCCAGUGUCCAAGGUUUCUUCCUGAACCAUUACUUUUCUGAAUACCAAAAAGCCAUGGACCACUUGCUCAAGAUGUUUGAAAGUCAAGAACUGGUUUGUGAGGUAGACCUUGGAGACUUGUCUCCAGAGGGCAAGUUUACUGGCUUGGAGUCGGUAUUCCGUGCUGUAGAUUACAUGUACAUGGGAAAAAACAUUGGAAAAAUUGUAGUUGAAUUACCUCACUCUGUCAACAGUAAGCUGUAAAAACAGAACAAUGAUAUAAAUCAAAAGAGAAAGAAAAUGGGCACUUUAUGCCCCAGAAUUACUAAAAACAAUUUAUUUUAGUAGGUAAUGGAUAGAAUAUUUUUUUAGAAAAGCAAUAAGGUGUUAAUGAACAGGUUUCUCCCCUUUUCUCACUUAAACAAGGAGUUUAAAUAAAAUGUGUCGAUGGCUGAGAA